CUCGGGACAAGAUGGCGGCGCCCGGAGAGGGAGACUCGCGGAUCCCGGAGCGACCCGAGGCCCAGGCCCAGGCUCCGGCCCGGGCCCAGGCCCAGGCCCGGCUCCGGGACCAGCUGCAGCUGGUGCUGGGCAACAGGAAAAAUGCCAACGCGGUGUUCGACAUCCUGCAGGGGCUGGAGGCUGAACAGGAAGCUGAAAUCCUCGAUGCUACCAGAAUCUGUGGCAAGUUAUUUUGCACCUUAAUGCAACAAGGAGAGCUUUUUGUUGGCCAGCUGCCUGGAGAAGAGGAGGGUUUGUCAGCUGACUACAGUGCCGAAGUGAAGUACAAGAUCUGGAUGAGGCAUCGCUAUCAGAGUAGCAUCGACCAGCUGUUCAAUCUUAUGAUGCAGGAGUCAGAGCAGGUUCAGGAAGUGGCGCUCUGCACGCUGAUGAAAUUUGUUCAGACAGAAGGGAGGUGGCCCCUUGUUAGCCACGAGGAGGAUGAGUGUUACAUCUUUCCCCGGGAGUUAUUAAAGUCGCUUGUGGAGAAUUUGCUUCAGGUUGAAAGAGACACGUCGUUCCUGCUCUCCCGAUUUCAGGAGUAUUUGGAAUACGAGGAUGUCCGUUACUAUGUGAUGGCCUAUGCUGCUGAACAUAUCCCAAGGGUUAUGCAGAGCUCCAAGGGGGAUUUACUUCCAGUUUAUCAACAAAACACCUUUAGCCUUUUGUCCUCAAUUCACAUGCCGAGUGAACAGAGUGAACUCACAAAUUUCCUUGUGAAGCAACAAAAUAAACAUGAUGCGUGGAAGGCGGCCAAACUGAAGGAGCACAGAAGAAUAUUUGAGCGACUAUGGCUGGCAUUCCUUAAACACAAAUUAUCGACUAACCUUUAUAAGAAGGUGCUGGUGAUUUUGCAUGAGUCCAUUUUGCCAAACAUGAGCAAGCCAACCCUGAUGAUUGAUUUCCUUACGGCAGCUUACGAGAUAGGAGGAGCCAUUAGCCUACUUGCCUUAAAUGGACUCUUCUAUCUUAUCCAUCAUCAUAACCUAGAAUACCCAGACUUUUACAAGAAACUGUACAGUUUGCUGGACCCGUCCGUGCUGCAUGUGAAAUACCGGGCACGAUUCUUCCACCUGCUGGAUUUGUUCUUAUCCUCCAGCCAUUUACCAGCCUAUCUCGUAGCAGCGUUUAGCAAGCGUUUAGCUCGACUGGCCCUAACCUCGCCACCACAGGCCCUGCUGAUGCUCAUUCCGUUUAUCUGUAACCUCAUCCGUCGACAUCCAUCAUGCAAGCCUCUAAUUCACAGGCCCAACGAGACCCAAGAUAUUUCCGCUGAUCCAUACAUAAUGGACGAGGAAGAUCCCGUAAAAUGCAGAGCGAUGGAGAGUUCUCUGUGGGAAAUCCAGACUCUGCAGAAUCACUACCAUCCAGAUGUUGCCAGUGCUGCAGCCAACAUAAAUAAAACUUUGUCCAGCCAAGAGGCUGACCUUUCCACACUCCUCGAUCUUUCUGUUGCAGAGAUUUUUGAAAAAGAACCAAAGAAGAGAGCGAAAUCAGCUCCAUUGGAAUUUGAGCCAGCCACGGGGUUAUUGACAAGGAAGAAUGAUCUAGUGACUCAACAUUGGACUUUGGACUAACAGUCACCGCAAAAUAUUUCAUUGGCUGCGAAGAUGCAACAGACAUAUCUGAUAUAGUUUUGUGAUAUUGAAUUAUUCUGUUUUCAUGCAGUGACAGCCAUCACUUUUUUAAUUAAAGAAUUUUGUAGUA